UUCAGUAUGUUACAAAGUACUCUGUGUCUGACUCAAACUUCAAAUCAAUCAAAAACCAAUUUUGAUUCAAUUCAAAUCAAAUCUUCAAUCGAUUCUCCUGCCGGUUUGGUGUUUGUGUAAAUAGUGUGUGAAAACCUUGUUCUUACUAAACGAAAAUAAGUACGAAAGGUUCGACAAUAUGAAACUGUUUUAAUUCUAAUAAGUUCCACAUUCUAAUCAAAAUGUCACGAUUUCUAUCAAAAGCUGAAUUGGAAGGUUUCGAAAAAUACAAGUAUAACUCAGUGGACACAAGUAUACUCAGCAAUUAUGUUAUGCAUCCGUUUUGGAAUUGGUGUGUUCAGUUUUGUCCGGUGUGGGUGGCACCAAACCUGCUAACAUUUACUGGCUUUCUACUGACGGUCCUUAAUUUCCUAUUGUUCUCGUACUAUGACUAUGGGUUCCAUGCCCUCACUGAGGAGAACAUUACCAAUGAUCAUAUCCCCAAUUGGGUGUGGGCUGUCUCUGCUAUCAACUUGUUUGUGGCUUACACUUUAGAUGGCAUCGAUGGGAAGCAGGCACGCCGCACGGGCACCAGCGGCCCUCUAGGGGAACUAUUUGACCACGGCCUAGACUCAUACUCCGCCGUACUCAUACCAACAUGCCUCUACAGUAUAUUUGGAAGGGAUGAGCUGAGUCCGCUCCGUUUCUUCUUCGUGAUCUGGAAUAUCUUCAUCAACUUCUAUCUGACGCACUGGGAGAAGUACAACACGGGCGUCAUGUUCCUGCCCUGGGGAUACGACUUCACAAUGCUCGGCUCGUGCAUCCUGCUGCUGGUGACGUCGGCGGUGGGCGCGCGCGCGUGGCACGUGCCGCUGCCGGGCGGCCUGACGCCGGGCUUCCUCUUCGAGCUGGUGCUCUACUUCUCCGCCAUACUCACCAGCCAGACUGUCAUACUGUGGAACAUAUACAAGUCAUACCGCGACGGCACCGGCAAGAUGCGGCCGCUGCUGGAGGCGCUGCGGUCCAAGAGAUGUGCGAACACUUCAAAAUUGCGUGCUUCCAUAUAA